AAACCAUUGCUACUUCCUUCCGGUAUCGACGAGGUUCACCUUGGACAAACUUCGACCUGCUCAAUCACAAACCGACAGCAAUAUGCCCACAAUAAGCUUCGGUGAAGCGUUGUGUUGUGCAGCAGGCAUUGGCGGAGCCUGUAUAUUAAAUUUAACUGCCAGGAAACCUAUGAUGACAGGGAUCUACAAGCAUGCCGUGCUGGGUGUCGGAGGGUUCUACCUGGGCACGGCCAUCGACACGUGGAACAACAACAAGAGGCGCGAGAAGCUGCUGAUCCUGGAGGACUAUGUCAAGCAGCAUCCUGAAGACUUCCCUGAACUAGAGCCGAAGAAAUACAAGGAUCUUCUAGUCCCAUGGAGUCCAGUGCGCUAGGUGUUCACAGUCAGGUGGUGUAGGCUUUUUCUGGCAAGGAAGAAGCUGUUUUGGACUUGUGUGUUGUUAGAGUGAAAAAAAACUAUCAUAACUGUGUCUGCAAGUAACUGUAAAUAUUGACAAUAAAGACAUAAUAGAG